CCAGGGUUCAGCACGGGCGCGAACGCUCCUGUGUAUUGACCACACUCCCACGGUUGGUUUUUCAGACAUGCUGAGGAGGACUCUGUUGUGCGCGGUGCUCGGGCUUCUGCGCUCCCAGCCCUUCCCCUGUCCGCCAGCCUGCAAGUGUGUCUUCCGGGACGCCGCGCAGUGCUCGGGAGCCGACGUGGCGCGCAUCUCCGCGCUGGGCCUGCCCACCAACCUCACGCACAUCCUGCUCUUCGGAAUGGGCCGCGGCGUCUUGCAGAACCACAGCUUCAGUGGCAUGACCGUCCUGCAGCGCCUCAUGAUCUUCGACAGCCACAUUUCCGCCGUUGACCCCGGCACCUUCGAUGACCUGAGAAAACUGAAAACCCUCAGGCUGUCGCGCAACAAAAUCACGCAUCUUCCAGGUGCGCUGCUGGAUAAGAUGGUGCUCCUGGAGCAGUUGUUUUUGGACUACAACGCGCUAAGGGGCAUUGACCAAAACAUGUUUCAGAAACUGGUUAACCUGCAGGAGCUCGCUCUGAACCAGAAUCAGCUCGAUUUCCUUCCUGCCAGGCUCUUCACGAAUCUGGGGAACCUGAAGUUGUUGGAUUUAUCGGGAAACAACCUGACCCACCUGCCCAAGGGGUUGCUUGGAGCACAGGCUAAGCUUGAGAGACUUCUGCUCCACUCGAACCGGCUUGUGUCUCUGGAUUCGGGGCUGUUGAACAGCCUGGGCGCCCUGACGGAGCUGCAGCUCCACCGAAAUCACAUCCGUUCCAUCGCACCCGGGGCCUUCGACCGGCUCCCAAACCUGAGUUCUUUGACGCUUUCGAGAAACCACCUUGCGUUUCUCCCCUCUGCGCUCUUUCUUCAUUCGCACAAUUUGACUCUGUUGACUCUGUUCGAGAACCCGCUGGCAGAGCUCCCGGGGGUGCUCUUCGGGGAGAUGGGGGGCCUGCAGGAGCUGUGGCUGAACCGCACCCAGCUGCGCACCCUGCCCGCCGCCGCCUUCCGCAACCUGAGCCGCCUGCAGUCCUUAGGGGUGACUCUGAGCCCACGGCUGAGCGCGCUCCCGCAGGGCGCCUUCCAGGGCCUGGGCGAGCUCCAGGUGCUCGCCCUGCACUCCAACGGCCUGACCGCCCUCCCAGACGGCUUGCUGCACGGCCUCGGCAAGCUGCGCCAGGUGUCCCUGCGCCGCAACAGGCUGCGCGCUCUGCCCCGCGCGCUCUUCCGCAAUCUCAGCAGCCUGGAGAGCGUCCAGCUCGACCACAACCAGCUGGAGACCCUGCCUGGCGACGUGUUUGGGGCUCUGCCCUGGCUGACGGAGGUCCUGUUGGGGCACAACCCUUGGCGCUGCGACUGUGGCCUGGGGCCCUUCCUGGGGUGGCUGCGGCAGCACCCAGGCCUCGUGGGCCGGGAAGAGCCCCCACGGUGCGCAGGCCCUGGGGCGCACGCCGGCCUGCAGCUCUGGGCCCUGCCGGGCGGUAACGCGGAGUGCCCGGGCCCCCGGGGCCCGCCUCUCCACCCCGCUGCGGACAGCUCCUCGGAAGCCCCUGUCCGUCCAGCCUUGCCUCCCAACAGCUCAGAACCCUGGGUGUGGGCCCAGCCGGUGACAACGGGCAAAGGUCAAGAUCGUAGCCCGUUCUGGGGGUUUUAUUUUCUGCUUUUAGCUGUUCAGGCCGCGAUCACCGUGAUCAUCGUGUUUGCUAUGAUUAAAAUUGGCCAACUCUUUCGAAAAUUAAUCAGAGAGAGAGCUCUUGGUUAAGUCCAUGGGACAAUCUUCUAAUUACUUAGAACCUGACCAGAUGUGGUUCGGAGGGGAAUCCAGACCCGGGGCUGCCUUGCUCUCCCUUCCCUCCCCACUCCUCCUCUCUUCUUCCUCUUCUCUCUCACUGCCACGCCUUCCCUUCCCUCCUCCUCCCCUUCUUCGCUCUGUUGCUCUUCAUUCUCACAGGCCCGCAACCCCUCCUCUCUCUGUCCCCCGCCCGCUCCUGGAAACUAAGGUUUACAUUUGUAAACUGUGGUUGCCUGCCUUCCCCCAGCUCCCACUCGGGUGUACGCUGACACUGCCGGGGGCGCUGGAUUGUGUUGGGCCCAUCCUUGCCCCGCUGUGCCUGGCGUGGCGUCUGGUGGAGAGAGGUGCCUCUUCAGUGUCUACUGAGUAAGGGGACAACUCCAGGCCGGGGCCUGUCUCCUGCACAGAGUAAGCCGGCAAAUGUUUGUGAAAUCAAUGCGUGGAUAAAGGAACACAUGCCAUCCAAGUGAUGAUGGCUUUUCCUGGAGGGAAAGGAUAGGCUGUCGCUCUAAUUUUUUUUUUUUUUUUUUUUUUUUUUUUUUUUUUUUUUUUUGACAAUGAUUUUUUUUUUUUUUUUUUUUGUUUUGUUUUUUGUUUUUUGUUUUUUUUUUUUUGAGACAGAGUCUCGCUCUGUCGCCCAGGCUGGAGUGCAGUGGCGCAAUCUCGGCUCACUGCAACCUCCUCCUCCUGGGUUCACGCCAUUCUCCUGCCUCAGCCUCUCCGAGUAGCUGGGACUACAGGCGCCCGCCA